AUGAGCGACUCUGCCGAGAAGGUCGAGCUCUUGCCCGCUCUGUCAGUGCCGGCAUCCGACGGGCCAGCGGCUGGGGAAUUUGACAAGGAGGUUGACAUCCCCAGGCUGGAGGCCCUGCUGAAGGACUACGUUUUUUCACAGAGCAUCGGAACGUUAAAUCCACCGAAGUUCGGCAAAGUACUGGCAGCCAAGAGCGUGAGGGACAGCAAAGAAGACCUUUGUGUCCGCUACAGUGUGGAGUCCAGCGGGCCGGCGGACAGGCCGCCGUACGAAGCUUUGGACGAGCCCGACAUCUUCGAAGAAGUCGUGUACGUGCAAGAUUACAUGAGUAUCUCGAGAGCUCCAAGGCGAUGA